UUCACCUAACGUUCAUAAUAAAGCGCUUUGUGGUGUCAAACAGUUCAAAAUGACCAACAAAUAUGAAGUUCGGCAUUCAGAGCAACUGGGCAGAUACUUAAUAGCUGCUAAAGCUUUGAAAGCCGGAGAGACGAUCCUCUCGGAGGCACCGUUUGUGGUCGGACCCAACGCAGACACAUCUCUGGUAUGUUUCGAUUGCUACUGUCCACUCAUCAGCAAGUUUAAUGUAUGCAAGAACUGUGCCCUUGUGCCUAUUUGUCCCGGAGACGGAUGUCCUGAAGCUUUUUCAAAAAAAUGGCAUAACAGUUUCGAAUGUGAACAGCUUAAGCAAUUAAAAUUGACGGCCGGCCUCAAUCCUAUGACAAUGGUGCGAAACGUUGGAUCGUUACUAGUCUUGAGGACGAUUUUAAAGAGAAAUAUCGAAGACGAUGCUUGGAAUGAAUUCAUGCAGCUUGAAACGCAUCUAGAAGCGAGACGAGGUACAGACUUGUGGGACUUUUACGAAAAUACUGUGAAGUUCAUCCAAUCCCUCGGCCUUCUAGAAUGUGAAAAUGAUAAAAAUUUAGUUCAAAAAAUAUGCGCAGCGAUAGACGUGAACAGUUUUGAAGUGCGAGGGCCGUCGGUUCCUGGAAUUGGCUGUGGCGAGACGUUACGAGGCGUGUACCUGCAGGCGGCUUUGCUCGCUCACGAUUGUGUGGGUAACACGCACAUGAGCAUCGGUGAUAAUAACUUACUAGUGUGCCAUGCGAGCGUCGAUAUUAACAUAGGCGACAUUAUAUAUUACAAUUACACGGACGCGUUAAAGGGUACUGAUGUUAGACAACAACAUUUAUUGAUCGGCAAGUACUUCAAGUGUACGUGCAGUCGUUGCAUGGACAUCACAGAAGUAGGAACGUAUAUGAGUUCUGCUAUGUGUCCUGAAUGUAAAUUCGGUUAUGUCUCAAGAACGAGCCUCAAAGAAUGGACCUGCAAGGACUGCGGAAAGGAAUUUAAGCAUUCUGACGUCGAACGCAAAGUCGCAUGUUGCACAGCAAAGUUACAAACUAUAAAUAAAAAUGACGAAAGAGAAUUGGAAGAAUAUAUAAGAAAUGUAUCAUUAGUUUUGGCUCCAAAUCAUUAUUUGCUGUUAGAUGCAAAACAACGCUUAGCUGGGCUUUUAAGGGACAUCAUUAAUAGAGAGCCUCGUCCUACUAAAAAGUUAAUAAGACGAAAACUUGGAUUGUGCGAGGAAAUGUUACCAGUGCUGGAAAAACUUUGUCCUGGUAUAUCAAGGAUCAAAGCAAUAACUUUGUAUGAGAUGCAUACCGCAAUAGUGCAGUUAGCAACGAGAAUGUUUCAUAGCCGUGAGAUUAAUGGAUCUGAAUACUUGGAGGAAUUAUUGAAGGCUGAAUUGUAUUUGAAAAAGUCAUUGGAAAUGUUAAUUAUUGAACCGGUAAAAUCACCUGAAGGCAAACUAUGCGUUAAAGCUUUAGAAGAUUAUAGGACAUUAAAAGCUGCUAAGACAAAAGUUCUAGGCGCCUUAUAUGUCGAAGGAAAAUCUUAUGAUACUAUGUCUGAAAAAGAUGUAUCUGCACUAAAUAGAACGUAACCAAGUGUGAAUAAA